AUGGCGAACGCCUCAGACGUAUCGGCCGAUUUACUGGCAAUCAAAGACAAGUUUGGUGGCACAUGGACGCUCACGAAAAAUGAAAAACUAGACGAAUAUCUGAAAUUAAUAGGUUUAAACUUCCUAUUUCGGAAAGUUGCCAUGGCAGCUGGUUGUACUUUAGAGAUAUCGGUGGAGGGAGACAAAGUCCGUUUUAUUACAAAAGGACCCAAGACUUCAAACCACGCCUUCCUCUUAAAUACAGAGUUAGAAGACGAUGAUCCUGUAGGCAACGCUAUGACGGCUGUAGUCACAUUUACGGAUGGCAAAAUCGUAACCACAUCGAAACCGAGGGGCAAGUCUAAGGCCAAGGACACCACUGUUACCAGAGAAGUCAUUACAAGGGAAGACGGCAAGCAAGAAUUGAUUAUGACCGUAAAUGCUGGAGAAGUGGAGAUGAAGAGGUACUUCGAAAAACAGUAAUAAUUUGCUGCCUACAAUUUGGGCUUUCAUGAUAUGCAACGACAGCGGAUACUAGGCCAACACCAUGCCUUGAUAACAGUCAAAUUUUGACCGGUCUUUAUAUGCACAUCAUUCUGGGAAACAUUACGGAAACAAUAAAAGUAACUCCGAGCGCAACCUGUCGGCGAGAAAUGGUACUAAGAAAGAUAAUCAAUCAUGCCUAAAGAGAUGCUCUCCGUCACUACAAAUUGAAAAGGGGCACUAUUCGCAGGAUUAUAGAAAGUGCAAUAUACCUCUUUCAUCCACUAAAAAAAUUCAUUUCGCCAUUUUGAAUUUCAUUUUUAUUAUAUUUUUUACAGAUUUACAAUAAUUUUGUUUUAUGUUAAGCCGAAUUUCGUGAAUGUGUAUUAACGUGUAUCUGUAGGUCCUAUAAAAGAACACGAUAAUUCAUUUAAUUCAAUUCUUAGGGACUAUGCUUUGUGAUUUUUUUAUCAUCUGUCCCUACAUGGUUUUGUUUUUGUGUUUACUUCCUGUUCUGUAUUGUUUAUUUUCGUGUUACGGAAACUGUUUCAUGAUUUUGUUCGAAUUUGUGUAUAAAACAAUUUCAUUUGUAAAAUGAAUAUUACAUGCAACAAGAGACAUUCUGGUAAGUCAUAUGAUCUGUUAUUAUUUUGUCCUAUGUAGCUAACACUGGGACAGGAUUUAAUUUGAGAAAAUAUCUUUUAUCAAAUUACUGUAAAAUUAUCAAUUUUUGUGGUGAUUUUCUUUUAGAUGAAUUCGACGUUACUCUUAAUCUACGAGCUUAAACGUCCAAGAAACAAUCAACAGGUAAAAAUAGACAUAGAUUAUAGUACAGUGAAACCUCCCUAUUAAGACCACUUUGGGGACUGGACAAAAGUGGUCUUAAUAGCGAGGUGGUCUUAAUAGUGAGGUGGAUCAGAUUGACCACAAAGAACCGUAACUCUGUUUAAAAUAAAGAGUAUAUAUAUCAUUAAGUAAUGUACAUGUAUAUUAUUCAUCAAUAAUAACUAAUAAUAAUAAACUAAAAUGUUGAAUUUCAUGAAAUGCAUGUAAAAAAGACAAAAUUGCUGA